GUUGUGGCUUCAUUACAACAAGGUCACACAGGCAGGAGGCAGGCAGGCGCGGAGGGCGCUUUGGUCAGUUUAGUUGCCGCCACCGCAACGCAACAACAAGGGCCCUCAUAACUGGCAGACGAGAACUAAGAGUGGACUUGUAUGUCCGUGUAUUCUACAUACUUGAUAGGCACACUGGUCUGGUCUGCAGGCAGGUGUGCAUGUCUGUCUGUGAAGUUGUUUUCCCAGCGAGACACAUGUGUCUGUCUGUCUGCACCGACUGGUGGGAUGGGUGGAUGGCGUGGCCGUGGACGUGCGAGAGUUGGACGAACUGCAAUUGAUGAAUGAGGCCAGGUCCGUCCGGUGUGCAUACUUACAUGUCCAUCAGCCACACAGAUCCAUCCAUCCACAGAGACGCAGACAGGUGUUAGUCAGUCAGUCAGUCAGUCAGUACAAGCAUCAACACACACCAACACCAACAAACAGCACGACAGACAGACAGACAAACAGACGCUGUGCGUGCGCUUCUCAGCACGCUUCAUGCACCUUCAUCUCCCGUCGUCGCUUCUUUUUCUGUUCAUGCCAUCUGUCGGCCUGGCCGCAGUGAUGGGUCUCCGUCAGGAUGGGGAUGCCAACCUGACGGAGACCCUCCAUUCAGGCAAUCCGACAGCUGACAUGGAACGGAGACGGACAAGCCAUUGCGAUCCCCCCCACACACUUGCUGCCUCUGCCUGCCCAUCGUCACCCACCCAAUGUCACGUACCUUACUACAUCCCUGCCUGCCUGCCGCGGCUACUGCUGCAUCCACCUAGCUACCAACAUGCAUAUGCCCCCACCGGGGGUGCAGUGAGUGAGCGGUAAAGCCCUCAAUCGUUCAACCAGCCAACCAGCCAGCCAGCCAGCCAGCGACCAGUCUACCACGAGACGCCAAGCCAGAACCAGCGGACUCACCAUAAGCUCAUCAUUCAUAAUAAAAGCAACGAGCCCAGCCCCCCUCCCCUCUCUCGCGCGGGGCGCCCCUUCGUCACUCACGCAGUCCAUCAUUGUUUGCUUAAAAGCGUCUGUCUUUGUUACGCACACAGACACCUACCCACCCACUUACCAUACGCUCGAUCGUGUACAUGUAAAAAGACCGCCCAUGCCGUGCAUGCCAUGCCAUGCAUGCCUCACCCCAUCCACCACACCACACACAUGGGGAGGGGAAUCUGAAAUAAAUAAAGGACAACCUACGCACUCUACAUGCACACACGCCUCGCCUCGCCCCGCCUCGCCUCGCAGUAAGCAAGCAAAGUCGCAGUAGUAAAGCAGGAGGGCCAUUGAUUGAUUCAUUCACUCACUGUACACAUCCAUCGAUCGGCACCCAACCCACACAAUCGCCCGCCCGGACACGCAGCCACAUGUAUGUAGCACAAAACAACGGGCCGGCCGAUGAGACAUGAAGUCAAUGAGGGGGUGGCGUCACAUGAAUGACAUGACGUGAUACGCACGAUGAAAGACAAGAAGAAGAAAUGACGGUCAUGUGUUGUGUAUAUAGUGCACCCAGCCAGCCCAGCCCAGCCAGGAUGUAUUGCUUGUAUCAUCGUGUGUGUACUAUAAAGGACAAAUACCACGCAACGCAACGCAACGUACCACACCACACCACACCCUCCCCACCCUCCAUCCAUCCCUCCCUCCCCCUCUGCCACCUGUCUACUCUACUCUACACACUCCCAAGGCUGCCGAGUGUCCCCUCGGUUCUCGGCGACACAUUCAGGUUGGUCCCCGUCUCCACCACCAUCGACCCAGGCAGCGACGAAGACACAUUGUCGUCCCCCAGUAAGGACGGUGCCUUGCCGGUGUCGCCAUCCGCCGGGGUGCUCUGCACGAGCCGCUCCACCUCGGCCGCGGUGGCCCGCCCGCUGUUGGCUGGGAGGGUGAGGUUGCGCCGGGUCGAUCGGGCGGUGGUCUCGGUGUCCUCGUAGUCGUGCUCGCGGCCGUUCUCACGGUCACGGAAGGAGAGGGUUCGGCUCUUGCGCGUGAUGCCACAGAUGUCGCGCAUCGAGGCAUCGGGCGGGGCCUCGUUGACCUGUACGUACAGAAAUGGGGAGAGGGGAUGUGCACUCGUGCAGUGCAGUGGGUGGGUCUGGUCUAUGAGUGUGUGUAGGUUACCUCCUUGUCAACGAUUGCGGUCAUGGCGGCCUGUGCCUCGGUGUUGUCCUCGAUACCCUGCAGGAACUCGUUGUAGUCUAUCGUGCCGUUGCCGUCCUUGUCGAAACUGCUGAUCAACGCCUCGAUGUCACCCUGCACACACACACACACACACACGCAAAGCCACACGUGCGUCUCUCGCGUGUGUGUGGGGUAUUGGAGUGGUGUGUUGUGUCGACCACCGUGUGUCUGACCUUGAAUCCUUCGCCCAGGACGUGUUUGAGCUCCUCGGCCGAGAUGGUGCCGCUGCCGUCGAGAUCGAACUUGCGGAAGAGGCGCUUGACGGCCCCCUCGUGCAGCUUGACGCGUGUGUAAAGCAUGGCGGCGAUGAACUCGGUGUACUCUAUCUCGUUGUCACCCGUGUCGUCCAAUGCGCUGUAGGAUCGACACUCACACCCAGAAAGGGGAAUGCACUAAUGUGUUCGGUGGAUGGAGUGCUAUCUCUCUCUCUCUCUCUCUCUGUGUGUGUGUGUGUGUGUGUGUGUACUCGAAUAUUUGUUCGAUCUCUUCGUCUGAGAUCUUGAGGUGCUCGAGACACACCGACUUGAAGUCUUCCAAGGUGAUGGUGCCCGUCUCUGGGGACAGCACAGAGACAUUCACACGCACAUCCACACAGCCACAUCCACAGCUGUAUGCGGUGCACCUGCCUCUCUGCAAGGAAUAUAUAAGUGGUGGGUGGAGGUCACUCACUCCCUUUGUCGAAGGCGAAGAAGAGGUUGCGCACUUCGUCGAUCUCAUCCGACGUCAGCGCGUAGGCCAUGACCGUCAUGCACGCACGCUUCAACCGCUUCAUGCCCGAAAAACUGACGACAGACAGACAGGCCACACACCAUCCACACACUCUCCCUCCCUCCCUCCGUCCCUCUAUCUGUCUGUCUGUGUCCCUCGCUCCGCUCACUUUUUGAUGGCCUGCAGGGCGUUCUUGAGUUCGCCGCCAGGAGCCGCUGCGUUGUCGGCGUCGACGCUCUCGACACGCUUGAGGUCGUGGCGCGACAUGGUGGCCAUCCAGGGGUGCUUGAGGGCCUGCUUGGCGGUCAUGCGGCGGGUGGGGUCCAUGCUGAGACACUUGCGGACGAAGUCCUUGGCCUCGAAACUCACUGACUUCCAUCUGAAUGAACCACACACACAGAGGGACGGACAGAGAGAGAGAGAGAGAGAGAGAGAGAACCAAUGGCGUGUAAGGAGGAGAGGGGUGUUUUGUUACUAAGUUACAUUGAGGAUCUCAUGGAGUAUGCGCCUUGUCUGAUGAGUUUGAGGGUCUCCUUCUUGCUUUCGCCGAUGAAGGGCGGGACACCCGCCAGCAGCAUGUACACAAUCACACCCAUCGCCCACAUGUCCACAGCUACACAACAGACACACCAUACCAACAUACACACCCACACACCACACCACACACAAACAAACAAACAACCAGGGUUAGGCAGCCAGCCAGGCGCCCAUGAUUGUGUGUGUGCGUCUGUGUAGUCACCCGUCGCGUAGUCGCCUCUGAGUGUUUCUGGCGCCAGGUAGUAGAGAGUGCCGACGAUCUGCAUCGUGUCCGAUGGGCGCAGGUCCAGGUAGCGCUUGCUGAACCCAAAGUCGAUCAACUGCAGACACAAUGAACCACACACACACACAUCUCUCCUACAGACGCUCUCCACACACUUUAGUGUGUGUCCUGGAUCCAUGUGACGGCCGUCACUUGACUUGCCUUGAGUUUUGCGUCUGGUUCUUUGGACUCGUAGAGGAAGUUCUCCAGCUUGAGGUCGCGGUGGAUGAUCUUCCGGUGGUGCAGGUACGCCACAGCCUGCACAUACACACACGCAUAGCAUAGCAUAGGGGCAGAUCGAUGGAUCCAUCACUCGCAGAUAUGACGAUUCUGCGUGUGCCGAUGUGACUGACUGACUGACGCCCCGCACCCACCCACCAGGAGCAUCUCGUAUGUGGCUCUCUGUGCGUCCUUUUCGGUGUAGUUUCUCUUCUUGCUGAGCCGAUCGUACAGCAUGCCGCCCGCCAUGUACUCCAUCACCAAAUACAAAUUGUUCUCGUCCUGGUUGACGGAGAACACACACACACGCACACACACACUCAGGGGCCUGAUUGGAUGCCGUCACGCCUCUGUCUGUCUGUCUGUCUGUCUGUCUGUCUGUCCCUGUGUGAGUGAGUGGCUGGCUGACCUCGAAUACGUCGAUGAGUCGGGCUAUGUUGGGGUGGUCUAGGUCGAGGUAGAGUAUGGCCUCGUUCUUGAGCAUCGUCAUGGCCUCCUCGUCGGCGCCGCUCUUCUUGAAAGACUUGACGGCGAACUGUUUGCCGUCACCCUUGGACCUCACCAGCUUCACAGGACCGCUGAACCCUGCCCUGCGCACACACACACACGAGCAGAGGAUCAGUGUGUCUGUUUCUGUCAUGCGAUGGAUGGAUCUACAUGGCAGACUGACUGCCUUACCCGAGGACCUUGUCGAGCGGCUCAUAGUGGUCCCAUAUGCUCCCCACACUCACGCGCGAGCCAAGGUAGUAUGGGUAUCGCCCCUUGCUGGCGCUCUUCUUGGCGCCGCUCUCCUUGAUCAGUCGCGCUGUCCGCAGGCGGCUCUCACGCCGCUCGUACUCCUCAGUCGUGAGCUCCUCCUGCCUGCUGCAGCACGCACCCAUGACCGAACCGACAGACUCGGGUCUGGAUCUCUGUCGCCGGGGCAGUCAAAACCUCUCAGAUCUUCCGACCGAGGUGAUCGCUGGUACGCUCACUGGAUGCAGGGAGGGAGCUGGCGGGAGAUCUUG